AUGGGAAGUCCAGCUGAGGUGUCCUCCAGUCAGUGAAUGCAUCACAGACUGCAGCAGUCUGUGCGUCUGGGAUGAACGCAACAGGUUAGACAGGUUGAGUUAAUAUAAAGUAAAACUGAUUUUAUAUUUAUAUCGAUUUUUUUGUUCCUCGAAAUGCUUUCCCCGGCUGUCCUUCUGACAUCGCUCUGCGUUUUAGCGCAGUUGGACACUUUGGACACUUUUACGCACGGCUGCCAGUUGCCCUUCCACUGGCGGCCGCUGAGCGAGGGCUGCCGGGCGGAGCUGGCCGAGAUCAUCGUCUAUGCUCGGGUCCUGGCGAUCCACCGGGAGCCGCUGGGAUAUGGACACAACUCGCUGCCCUUCGGCUACGAGAGCGCGGAGGAAGGACUGCUGUACUCUGCGGAGGUGGAGCUGCUGUGCGACCAGGCCUGGGGCUCCAUGCUGGAGGUCCCCUCUGGAUCCAGGCUCAACCUGACCGGCCUGGGCUACCUGUCCUGCCAGUCCCACACCGUGAUGGAAAAUUACUCCUACUUUUUCUUCCUCAGGAUGGAUGAAAACUACAGCAUACUGCCUCAUGAAGUGAACUUCCAGGAUGCCGUCUUCCCGGACACAGUGGAGAACAGACGCACCUUCUCCAGCCUUUUCCAGUUUUCCAACUGCAGCCAAGUGAGCCACCCAUUCCACACCUUCAGCCCUGAGUGGGACGCCCAGGAGGAUAGCAGGCUGCUGUGCUCGUCAGUCCAGCUGGCUCUGUUCGAGGAGGAGGAACAAGGUCGGAAGCUGCAGGAGCGUCUGGCUGCAGCAGAGAGGAGAAACCGGCAGCUGAAGGAGCGCGUUGGCAAAGUGAAACGCUCCCUGAGAAAGGCCCGCAAGGCUGCACGGGAGGCAGAGCAGGAGGCCCGGGAGCUGCAGGAAAAACUGAGAGCAGCAGAGAGGAGCGCAGGGCGUCACCUCAAUGCGGUGACGCAGGAGGAGCCUCCGCACGGGGGUUUCACAAGUGCAGCGAUGCGGGAAAAGAUGCAGCUUUAAUUCUUUUAAUCGGCCAAACUUCUUGGCUGUGGAGUACAGAGACUGCUGGACAGUCUUUAUGGACCUUUAAAUUGAAGAGGCCAAAUUUUAUUUUCAGUAAUCUUAUACUUUUCUAUAGCAUGCAUGUAAAAACUUUGUGCAAAUUUACCGAAGUUUCCUGAGAAACUGAUUUCAGUGUCAUCCUGCAGAUGAA